GUGGCUGCAGCUGGCGCCGCGUCUGCCCCGCGUGCCCGGAGCGGAUUCUGCCCGCCGCCCCCGGAGCCCUCGGCUCCCCACUGAACCCGCGAUCGCUUCCUCCCUGUGACCGACCGGCGCUGCAGCUCAGAGCCCGGCAAUGCCGUUUGGGUGUGUGACUCUGGGUGACAAGAAGAACUAUAACCAGCCAUCGGAGGUGACUGACAGAUAUGAUUUGGGACAGGUCAUCAAGACUGAGGAGUUCUGUGAGAUCUUCCGGGCCAAGGACAAGACAACAGGCAAGCUGCACACCUGCAAGAAAUUCCAGAAGCGGGAUGGCCGCAAGGUGCGGAAGGCAGCCAAGAACGAGAUAGGCAUCCUCAAGAUGGUGAAGCAUCCCAACAUCCUGCAACUGGUGGAUGUGUUUGUGACCCGCAAGGAGUACUUUAUCUUCCUGGAGCUGGCCACGGGGAGGGAGGUGUUUGACUGGAUCCUGGACCAGGGCUACUACUCGGAGCGAGACACGAGCAACGUGGUGCGGCAGGUCCUGGAGGCGGUGGCCUACCUGCACUCACUCAAGAUCGUGCACAGGAACCUCAAGCUGGAGAACCUGGUUUACUACAACCGGUUGAAGAACUCAAAGAUCGUCAUCAGCGACUUUCACCUGGCUAAGCUAGAGAAUGGCCUCAUCAAGGAGCCCUGUGGGACCCCCGAGUACCUGGGCAAGCAGGGAGUGGGGUGGGGCAGGGUGGGACACAGCCUUCAAGGAGUGGCUCUGGGUAGCGGGGGGAAGGAAGUCCCUAUCCCAGCAAAUGGGUGUGAGCGGUACAAGGCCUGGCCAGGCCUGAUAUUGACCAGCAGGUGGACACUGUUUGCAGCCCCAGAGGUGGUAGGCCGGCAGCGGUAUGGACGCCCUGUGGACUGCUGGGCCAUUGGAGUCAUCAUGUACAUCCUGCUUUCAGGGAACCCACCUUUCUAUGAGGAGGUGGAGGAAGAUGACUAUGAGAACCACGACAAGAAUCUCUUCCGCAAGAUCCUGGCUGGCGACUAUGAGUUUGACUCUCCAUACUGGGAUGACAUUUCACAGGCGGCCAAAGACCUGGUCACAAGGCUGAUGGAGGUGGAGCAAGACCAGCGGAUCACCGCGGAAGAGGCCAUUUCCCAUGAGUGGAUUUCUGGCAAUGCUGCUUCUGAUAAGAACAUCAAGGAUGGUGUCUGUGCCCAGAUUGAAAAGAACUUUGCCAGGGCUAAGUGGAAGAAGGCUGUCCGAGUGACCACCCUCAUGAAACGGCUCAGGGCACCGGAGCAGUCCAGCACGGCUGCAGCCCAGUCUGCCCCAGCCACAGACACUGCCACCUCUGGGGCUGCAGGCGGGGCCACAGCUGCAAGUGGAGCUGCCCCAGUCCUUGGGGGCAGUGCCACCCCAGCCACAGCGGGUGAUGUUACGAAGAGCGAUAAUGUAGCCCCUGCAGACCGUAGUGCCACCCCAGCCACAGAUGGCAGUGCCACUCCAGCCACUGAUGGGAGCAUCACCCCAGCCACUGAUGGGAGCAUCACCCCAGCCACUGAUGGGAGUGUCACCCCAGCCACCGACAGAAGUGUUACUCCAGCCACUGAUGGGAGAGCCACACCAGCUGUGGAAGAGAGCACCAUGCCCACUACCCAAAGCAGUGCCACACCGGCCACCAAGGCUGCUGCCACCCCUGAGCCGGCUUUGGCCCAGCCGGACAGCACAGCCCCAGGGGGCGCAACAGGCCAGGCUCCACCCUCUAGUAAAGGGGAAGAGGCUGCUGGCUCUGCCCAGGAGUCUCGGAGGGAGGAGACCAGCUGA